AUGGGGCAAGCCACGGCGAUUGGAUGGGGAAGACAACGGUUGUGGAGCAUUCAGAUGGUCACUGCCUUCAUUCUCUUGUCCCGGUUUACCGGAUUUUGCCAGCCUCAAGGUUCAUUUUCGAGACAUCGCACCAGAGUCCUUGCAGAAAGAGAGCCUCGUGAACUGGUUGAUCUUUUCGGAAUGAAAACUCGAGAGCUCAAAGCUUUCCUCAAGAAGAGGGGAGUUCUAGUGGAUGAUUGCUUUGACAUGGAUUCGCUAAUUCAGCGAGCUGCUGCCACAGAGGAGGAUUGGGCAGGCUCCGAACCGCAAAGGUCGGAAGUGGAGCCUGUUGCAACAGAAGACACCUCCAAAGGAGGCAACAGCGAUGAGGUUGAGAAAGCAUGGCAGAGGUUAUGUGAAGCAUGGCCUGGAGGUGAGCCGAAGGAAUUUGGCCCAUCAACAGCAGAUAAGUGCGUUAUUUUUCUUCAUGGUUUCGGUGAUCAAAAUGCCCAGUUUCUGGUGGACACUCUCCAACCCAUGCUGAACAUUCAGGGACUUCGUUUGAUUUUGCCUCAGGCUCCUGAGGAGACUCUCCAGAAUCAGAAGCUGCAGUCCUGGUUUCUACCCAUCAACGGGCAGUGGAUAAUCGAUGAUCGGGUUUCUCAGCCCAUCAGUGCGUAUCUUCAUGCAAUGAUCCGCCGGGAGAUUGCAAGAGGAGUGGCUGCGCAUAAGAUUGUUGUUGGAGGCUUUGCUCAGGGCGCAGGCUGCGCACUUCGCGCUGCCUUGAGCUUCCCAGAUGCAGCUUUGGGGGGCAGCGUAGCCCUCUCCGGCUUUUUUGGAGAUCCAUCAGUGAGCCACUUGUUUGCACUUGACUGGCAUUCACUGGGCGCUUCUUGUGGCAUUUCCCAAGCGAAUCAGCGACUGCCUGUUCUGCUUUGCCAUGGGAAAAAUGAUGAGGUGGUUCCCUUUUCAGAAGGUCAGAGGGCCGCCACUCUUCUGCGACAAUCUCUGGAGACUGUGACCUUCAAAGAGUUUGAAAUGAAGCAUGGUAUUGCUAGCGACGAGUUGUUUGACGUUAUGGAUUUUGUCGACAAGAAAAUGGCUCAAACGCCUGAAGAACCUUUGGCAUUUGAUCCUGCAAAACUGACCCCUUCACCACCACCGCAGCCGCCGCCAAGCGCACCAUUGGCAGAUACCCCUCCCUCAGACAAAGGAGUUCCGACAUUAGAUCCGCAAGUAACCUUGGAACUUUUAAAUGAUCCCGAGAUUGCAAAGGCGGCCACGGACCCUGAGGGAAUGGCAGUUAUCCAGGAUGUGAUGAUGGACCCUGCUAACAUCCGGCUUCACAAGGACAAUCCACGAGUGGCUAAAGUGGUCGAGAAACUGGAGGCAAUCUUCAGCAAAGCCGGCGAUGCAAAGUGA